AUGUUUGACAUCUUUUUUGGAUGGAGAAAAGCCUCUACGUGUAAGAAAUUGAUCAAGAAAGUUCAAUGCCGAUUGAAGCUUCUGAAAAGCAAAAGAUUUGCCAUGAGCAGGUAUUUAAGAGAAGACAUUGCUCAGCUUUGGAAGAAUGGAUAUCACCACAUUGCUUUCAACAGGCUUGACCAACUAUGCAUGGAUGAAGAUAUGAUAUUAGUGUACGAAUUGUUGGAUCAAUUCUCCGAGUUCAUAAUACUCAACUUUCGACACAUUCGUAGACACAAGGAUCUUCCCAAGGAUGUAAACGAGGCUGUUUCAACCCUCAUCUUCGCCUCUGUAAGAUGUGGUGAUCUUCCGGAGCUUAGGCUUCUCAGGAAUCUCUUUGAGAAGCGUUAUGGUCAUAAGAUUACAGUCGCCGCUGUUGAAUUGCACCCUGGUAACCUUGUUAACUUACAGGUGAGAGACAAGCUUACCCUACAAUCAGUUCCAGAAGAUGUAAAGAAGAAAGUGUUGGAUGAAAUAGUCAAAGAUUUCUUCUUCAAACCAAAGUUUUCACUGCAGGCUAUCACUCAAGUUAAAGGGAAAGAUGAUGAAUGUGUGAUAGAAACGGGUGCUAUUCAAGUAUGGAAAGCAGAGGAAAAAGGAAAAGUUGGGUGUUGUUCACAAAGCUCAAUCGAUUAUCAGUACUGUGAUCAUGAUUCAGUGGUUUACCUGAAUGAUGUACAGGAAUUCAAGUCCCUUACCAAGCAAGGAAUGGACAAGUACUGCGUAGAUGAUCAGGAUCAAAGAUUCUUCAUGUUCACCUCGAAUUUAACUAUGGAAAUGAUAAGACAGGGAUCAGAAUCUAGGGUGACACAGUUUGUUGAAGACGUCCAACAUGAGAAUUGUUACAGUUAUAUAACAUAUGAACCAUACUACUUUAACAUGAAUGGUAGCAAUGAUGGUGUUGAGGUGAGUAAGUGCAGGGCUGUCGUGCCCUAUGUAAGGGAUGCAACGAGACUGGAAAUGGAGAUGAAGAAAACAGAAAUCUGUGAAUCAAAUUCUUUGAAACCAGAGAAUAACAAGUCGAUAUCUCCAAAGCAUGUACACCCCAAGUUGCCAGAUUAUGAUGAGAUAGCAGCUAUGUUUAGAGCUCUUAAGAAACUUCAUCAACUAACUCUUUAAUUAAGCAUCUCUUGUUCAAUUCA